AUGCAGAUUACAUUAAACAAUAAACCUUUGUACAAGCAUUUUAAAUCCCACUUUUCGUUUCCAGUACCCGGGGCCCCGGCAGACGUGCGGGCGCUGGCGAACUCCGAAGACUCGGUGGUAGUGAGCUGGUUGAGUCCGAUCCAGAAGAAUGGCAGGAUCACACACUACACUGUGUAUAACAGACCGCAGAGGACAGGACAGCAUUCUCAACAGACGGUCCUACACAAAGGCGAAGAGGAGGAAUACCAGAUCGAAGUCCGCGGUCUUCAAGAGCACCAGGUCUACGAGUUCUGGGUCACGGCCGCUACGGCGUCAGGGGAGGGGGAGAUGAGUGCGAUUGUAGCCAGGAAGCCUAAUGCUAGAGCCCCAGCAACACUCGCUUCGUUCGGCCGUCGCGUCCAAGCGGCGGCGGGGAGUCGCGUGCGCAUCCCGUGCGCGGCGGCCGGCGCGCCCGCGCCGCUCCGCGUGUGGGCGCGACGCCGCCCCGCGCCGCCCAUACACGCCGACAACAGGUUCCUGGUGGAGGCCCAGUAUCUGGUGAUACUUAGUCUGGACCGCAGCCUAUCAGACAACUACACCUGCACAGUUAGGAAUCCAUACGGCUCAGAGCGAGGCACUUGGGAAGUGGUGGCUCUCCAGCCGCCGCCCAGGCCGCGGCUGCGACUGGCUGCGUCUGCGCCGUCGAGGCUGCACCUCGCGUGGGACGCCGUUGCUGGACCUGUUCAUAGCUACAUAGUAGAACACAGCCGCGUGGAAGCCUCCACCUGGGUGUCAACUCGUUUGCCCAGCGAGUCUCGAUCUCACGUGCUGGAGCGCCUGUCAUGUGGCACCGCGUAUCGAGUGAGACUCCUGGCCAGAAACGCCGUAGGAGCUUCUGAGCCUAGUGAUGAGCUGCUGGUAUCUACUAAGGGGGGACGUGAGUAA